CCGCGGCGUUUCCAGGCCAGGCAGCCGGACACCAUGAGCCUCAGCGAAGAGCAGGUGAGGCAGUACCUGGACCAGAACCCGGGCUUUGCGGACCAGUACUUUAAAGGGAAGGAGCUGAGCCCCGAGGACAUGGCCCGGGCCUGCGAAGACGGGCUCGCGGCCGACUGCGCCAGCUUCCGGGAGCUGUGCCAGGUGGAGGAGAGCGCGGCGCUGUUCGCGCUGGUGCAGGACAUGCAGGAGAGCGUGAACAUGGAGCGCGUGGUCUUCAAGAUCCUGCGGCGCCUCUGCUCCCUGCUGCGCGCCGACCGCUGCAGCCUCUUCAUGUUCCGCCAGCGCAACGGCGUGGCCGAGCUCGCCACGCGCCUCUUCAGCGUGCAGCCAGGCAGCGCCCUGGAGGACUGCCUGGUGCCCCCCGACUCCGAGAUCGUCUUUCCGCUGGACGUCGGGGUCGUGGGCCACGUGGCUCAGGCCAAGAGGAUGGUGAACGUCAAGGACGUGACCGAGGACUCCCACUUCAGCCCCUUCGCUGACGAGCUGACCGGCUACGUGACGAGGAACAUCCUGGCCACGCCCGUCAUGAACGGCAAGGACGUGGUGGCCGUGAUCAUGGCCCUGAACAAGCUGGGCGCCCCGUGCUUCACCAGCGAGGACGAGGAUGUCUUCUCGAAGUAUCUGAACUUUGCCACAUUGAACCUAAAGAUCUACCAUCUGAGCUACCUGCACAACUGCGAGACACGCCGCGGCCAGGUGCUGCUGUGGUCAGCCCACAAGGUGUUUGAGGAGCUGACAGACAUCGAGAGGCAGUUCCACAAGGCCUUCUACACGGUGCGGGCCUACCUGAACUGCGAGCGGUACUCCGUGGGCCUGCUGGACAUGACCAAGGAGAGGGAAUUCUUCGACGUGUGGCCUGUUCUGAUGGGAGAGGCCCAGCCAUACUCAGGCCCACGCACACCCGACGGCCGUGAAAUCCUCUUCUACAAAGUCAUCGACUACAUCCUCCACGGCAAGGAGGACAUCAAGGUCAUCCCCACGCCCCCAGCGGAUCACUGGGCCCUGGCCAGCGGCCUUCCGACCUACGUGGCGGAGAGUGGCUUUAUCUGCAACAUCAUGAACGCCCCUGCUGAUGAAAUGUUCAUGUUCCAGGGAGGCCCCCUGGACGAGGCCGGGUGGGUCAUCAGGAACGUCCUGUCCUUGCCCAUCGUCAACAAAAAGGAGGAGAUCGUGGGGGUGGCCACGUUUUACAACAGGAAGGAUGGGAAGCCUUUUGACGAGCAGGAUGAAGUCCUCAUGGAGUCGCUCACGCAGUUCCUGGGCUGGUCAGUGCUCAACACCGACACCCACGACAAGAUGAACAAGCUGGAGAACCGCAAGGACAUCGCCCUGGACAUGGUCCUGUACCACGUGCGCUGCGACAAGGAUGAGAUCCAGCUGAUCCUGCCUACAAGGGAGCGCCUGGGGAAGGAGCCGGCUGCCUGUGAGGAGGAGGAGCUGGGGGAAAUCUUGAAGGAAACGUUGCCGGGGCCCAGCCAGUUUGACAUCUACGAGUUCCACUUCUCCGACCUGGAUUGCACGGAGCUGGAGCUGGUCAAGUGCGGCAUCCAGAUGUACUACGAGCUGGGCGUGGUCCGCAAGUUCCAGGUCCCCCAGGAGGUCCUCGUGCGGUUCCUGUUCUCCGUGAGCAAAGGCUACCGCAGGAUCACCUACCACAACUGGCGCCAUGGCUUCAACGUGGCACAGACCAUGUUCACGCUGCUCACGACGGGGAAACUGAAGAGCUACUACACGGACCUGGAGGCCUUCGCCAUGGUGACCGCGGGCCUGUGCCACGACAUCGACCACCGCGGCACCAACAACCUGUACCAGAUGAAGUCCCAGAACCCCUUGGCCAAGUUGCACGGUUCCUCGAUUCUGGAGCGACACCACCUGGAAUUCGGGAAGCUCCUACUGGCGGAGGAGGGCCUGAACAUCUACCAGAACCUGAACCGGAGGCAGCACGAGCAUGUGAUCCACCUCAUGGACGUCGCCAUCGUGGCCACGGACCUGGCGCUCUACUUCAAGAAGAGGACGAUGUUCCAGAAGAUCGUGGACGAGUCCAAGAACCACAAGGACCGUGCGAGCUGGGCGGAGUUUCUGUCACUGGAGACGACGCGGAAGGAGAUAGUGAUGGCCAUGAUGAUGACGGCCUGCGACCUGUCCGCCAUCACCAAGCCCUGGGAGGUCCAGAGAAAGGUCGCUCUGCUGGUGGCGGCUGAGUUCUGGGAACAAGGGGACUUGGAAAGGACUGUCCUGGAUCAGCAGCCCAUUCCGAUGAUGGACCGGAACAAGGCGGCCGAGCUCCCCAAACUGCAGGUUGGCUUCAUCGACUUCGUGUGCACCUUCGUGUACAAGGAGUUCUCCCGUUUCCACGAGGAGACCCUGCCCAUGCUGGAGCGGCUGCAGGGCAACAGGCGGGAGUGGAAGGCCCUGGCCCACGAGCAGGAGGAGCGCGCGAAGGCCCUGGAGGCGGAGCAGCAGCAGCGGGAGGAGAGGGCAGCGGCCAAGAAAGUGGGCACGGAAGUGUGCAAUGGUGACCCGGCACCCAAGUCCUCGACCUGCUGUGUCCUAUGA